UUCAUGAAAUCUUUGUUUGGUUUUUUUUUUCACCAAUCUCUCGAUCUUUGUUAUUUCAAAAUUCAAUUUCAUGGACUAAAUUACCCAAAAGUAAUAGUAGCAGCAAUGACAACAACACAAACUCCACUUCACUGAACCCGAUCGUCGAAGAGUUCCACCGAUUGACAUUAACCUUUCAAAUGACGCUUCGUAUCUUUCUGCUCCUCGGGAGAUUUCUAUUCUUCUAUCUUCUGGUCUCUGUUCCUUUCCCUUGCAGGUCUUCAAGCAGUGGAAGUACACAGAAGACCUUGGCUAUGAUAAAGCCAGAUGGAAUGUCUGGUAAUUACACUAAUAGGAUAAAGAAUGUCAUUCUGGAGUCUGGUUUCCGUAUUGUCAAGGAAACAAUUGUUCAACUUGAUGAAGACACUGCAGCAAGCUUUUAUGCUGAGCACUCUGCAAAAAGCUUCUUUUCUAGCCUAAUCAAAUACAUAACGAGUGGUCCAGUGUUGGUUAUGGUUUUGGAGAAGGAAAAUGCUGUUGCCGAUUGGCGUGAUCUGAUUGGACCAACUGAUGCACACAAGGCUAAGGUUACUCAUCCACACAGCAUCAGAGCAAUGUGUGGGCUAGAUUCAGAAAAGAAUUGCAUUCAUGGUUCAGAUUCUACUCAAUCAGCUCAAAGAGAGAUCUCAUUUUUCUUUAAAGAGGUGUCUGCAGGUGCAGCAGUUACUGAACAUGAUGAGCUUUAAACGGUACGGGUCUCUUUAGUGUUUACACUCAUUUACAUGUAUGAAUUUCCAGAAUAGGAUGACUGCGCUGCCAAAUCCUUUGUGGAGGUUACUGUUAGACCAUCUGUUGCUAAACGUUGUGACCUUUCUUACAAGUCCUGCUCUAUCAAACUUCAUAGGUUCUUGUGAUAUAGAUCCUAGCACGGGCUUCAAAGGGUUUUAUAGGAGAGCUUAAAAAUCAUCUAAUGUCGGAUGAUUCAUAAAUUCCAUUAUUUGCUAACAAUGUUUGUGGGUUUGUGUUUCCAUAUUGGAUACUCUCCUAAUCAAUUAAGUUGGUCAUGUUAGUACA